GUGCGCAGCAAUGGAUGGCAAAUCUGUUGCUGUCGCUUUGGUUCUCUAUUUGGUCUCAAUGGCAGGGUCAGAAGGUAAGGCCCUGAAGCAGACAGAUGAAAGAGGCUCUCAAUGCCAGUGCAUAAGCACUCAUUCCAAGUUCAUCCCUCCCAAGACUAUUCAGGAUGUGAGAUUAAGCCAAAGAGGACCUCACUGCAAAAGUGUGGAAAUCAUAGCCACGCUGAAAGAUGGCAGGGAAGUGUGCGUGGAACCCACUGCACCCUGGAUCCAGCUCACUGUAAAGGCUCUGCUGGCCAGGGCCAGGAAUAAUGUUGAGUCACCAGUCAAAGAAAAGUCAAGGAAGAAUAAACCUUGGAUUUCUGCAAGCAUAUGAAAUGAGAGAAAACAUUGCUGCUGAGAAUGCCAUCAUUUCUGAUGAGGAG